AGUCCUAUUUGAAAAUAGUUAAUAUUCCGAAGUAUUGAUACAGCAUAGUAAUCAUGUAUUUUACUUGGAUACUCAUGAUGCUAUGCGUUGGAAUAUCACAUGGACAACGAAUUCCCGAACAAAGUUCGCAGGAUCAGGAAAUGCAUUUGUAUUGCACUAACCGAGACCAGCAUUCCGUCAGAACCGGUCACAGAAUUAAACAAGGAAAAGCUGGGCCUGCAGGGCCUCCUGGUGUCGUGAAUUACAAAAUCGUAAAUGAAACUAUAAAAGAACAUUUCAAUUAUAUUUCCGGACAGAUACAAGUAAAGCUGACUCAAAUUGGUCGGGUUGUUGAGCAAUCUAGCGAGGACAUAGAGGAUUUGAAAGCAGCAUCUGGACACACUCAAACAAAACUGAAUGGGAUCGAAACCGAUAUUAAAGGAUUGAAAUCGGAUAUUUCUGGACAGAUACAAGCAAAGCUUACUGAAAUUGGUCCGAUUGUUGAGAAAUCUAGCGAGGACAUAGAGGAUUUGAAAGCAGCAUCUGGACGCACUCAAACAAAACUAAAUGGAAUCGAAACAGCUGUUGAAGGAUUGACAUCAGUAAUUCAACAAAUCCGAGAGCAGCUGGGAAAUCUUACUAGAACAUUGGCUUUACAUGGAAUCGAAGACAUAAGCACUUGGUAUCAAGCGCGGAACAACUAUUACUACAAAAUAUUCUACGACCGGUCCACUUACGCAGAGGCGAAGGCAAAUUGUAAAAGAUACGGAGGCCAACUGGCAUCGGCGGGAUAUCGAGAUGAAGACGUUCGCAGAGAAAUCUUACCCUUGGUCAAAUCUGAAAGAUAUGACACUUGGAUUGGUUUGAACGACAUUCAAGAGGAAAACACGUUUACCUGGGAAGAUGGUAUAAGGGCAACUGCAGGUUCUACUCCAUGGCAUGGUGGUCAACCUAACAACUGGAACGGUGAUCAAGAUUGCGUUGAAAUGGUAGAAAGCUUUGAUUGGGAGCUGAACGAUGAAGAUUGUACAUACGCAAAUAAAUAUUUAUGCGAGAUUGAACCAUAACUUCACGUUUACUACAAGCCAAAGACUGAUAAUGCCCAAAUCAUAAUAAACAUUACGGAUAUCUAACUAAGAUCGGUGGAUGUCAAACUCAUACUUUAUCAACUUAACUGUCAACGAGAGGUUUCUGGACUCCUCCUUCACGAUUAAGGCGUCUCAUAUCCCUUCCCCUGGGAUAAAUCGAAAAUAUCAUCCUAUUCUAUAAAGCAAUAAUAAAUCUAUGUCCGAAGGAUUCAUAAUCGCUGUUCGACUAAAAUAUUUAGUAUUCUCGAACUCCACAAUCUUAAAAGGCCUAAUGCAUUGUAUAUACUCAGUCAGGACAAAAUUUAGGAACGAGUUCUCUGUUCUCCCACUAACAACGGGUUCCCCCAUUUUAGAAAACUAUUCCGAACUAAAAUAAAACAAGGGAUUUGCCUAUGAUCACGGUAUUCCAAUAUCCGUUUUUGGACCACACCAUCGAGUAUUACUUCAGGGCCGGAUCUGGCCUGCGGGCCGUUAUUUGCCCACCCCCGCCCUAGAAUAAACAGUUUUAUUCGGACGAUUUAAAAUGCCAACAUAAGACUCCAGCAUCAAUAGGUAUGUUACAUGCCCGACAACUAAUGGUGCGGUCCGAAACCGGUCAUUAGAAUACAGUGAAAACCGGUUAAUGGAAUAUCGUGAUAUAAUGAAGUGUUUCAUUUGUGUCAACUAAAAUUAUGACUAUAGUUUCUAUGGAUAUAAAUUUUCAUUGAAAAUAUCGAUAAAAAUAACGUCACAAUGAUCCCGAUUGUUAUAUUGUGCUUUUUAUUAUUA